UGAUUCAUGGUGUGGGCGGGAGCUUCUGUUGCUGUGAGCCGCACUGUGGGCAGGGCGCUGAAAUUGUGACAGGCCGGUUAACGAACGGCGCAGAGGCAGGGCUAAAAGAAAAGAGCCAAUAAUUGGUGAGGAGCCCGUGCCGUUCGGCUGAGGCAUGAAGAGCUGCAAGGAGUGGCGGAGGGAGCGAGCGAGUGCACGAGCGGCGGCUGGAAGCGCAUGACAGUGCUGGGGAGGAAAACAGGUCGAGGAGUGAACGCGGAGGAGGGAGAGAGUGGAAGACAGAGCGAUAGGUGGAGCACCAGAGAGAGGAGAGUGCAUCUGUUGACUUGCAUCUUCUAAAGACUGAGCCAGACACACAGGAGAAAUCAUGGCCAACAUCACUGCCACUAUACACCCAAGUAAUCUCCCAUCGCACCCAGGGGCAGUCCCCCACAUCUUCUUGCAGGUCCAGGAGGUCUACCCCUUCCAUGACGGCUGGAAUGUGGCGUGCUUCGUUAUCCUUCUGCUCUUCAUCCUCACCGUCCUGUCUCUGGCCGCAUUGGCUGUGCUCUACGAGCUACUGGACUGUGGGUGCUGUGCCAAAGGGAAGACACAUCACCAGCUACAAGAGGAGGGGCCGGGAAGCUGCAGCAAGCUCAUGACCAGCAUUUGCAAGGAGCCAGAAUCCCACACUGAGGUGGUAUAGAGGCAGCAGCAAUGAAGAAAAGGAAUAGCUGGAAUUCGGGUGUCGUUGCUGAGCCGGGCAAUACCACAGCCCUGACCCCGAUGCCCUGAGAAAUGAACUUCUAAAACUGUGUAAUAGUGGUUCAGUUACUCACAGUUAGAUGGAUACGGAGGGAAGAGACACGAUAAACAACGAAACAAUGUAAAAAAGGAGGGGGGCAAUUUUUCACUGGAGUGAGUCUAAUUAGCUUUUCAUUUCAGUUACGAGGAAAUCUUCACAUGCUAUAUUCACUACCACGUAAGACAAGGGGCAGACCCUGGAAGCCAUAUUUUACACCAGAAAUAAUCAGGGGGAAGAGAGAGCACCGGUGUAGAAAUAGUGCUAAUAAAGUGUCCUAAAAAACACAAAUUUGCAACACUUAAAAUGAAGGCUGUGGCAGAAUGUGUUACAUUGAGGUGGGACUUUUGUUUUCUGUAUGAAGUUGCAUGGCCAAAACAUGUUAAUAUUAAAAAAAAACACUAAUCAGAACCAGUAUCUGUAGGUUAAAGAGACAAGUCUUGUUUAGCGACAUCUGCCCCGUGAGUAUUACACACACUUACUUGCUGGAUACAAAUGAGCUUCAAUGAGACAUGGUAAAAUGUUGUACACAGACAGAAAAUACUGUCCAAAUCUAAGAACUUGAAUAUCCUCAUCUCCCAAAAGGGCCUGAUAUACAACAGAGAAAUUGAUCAAGCCUAGUUGAGCAUUAUCGUUGCUUUGGAUAAAGCCUGUGUUUCUCUGUUCCUUAGUAAAUUGUGUGCCAGUGCUGUCAAUACAUUAAUCAUUGUAACAUUAUUUGAUGAUAAAUGACAUUUGGUUGCUGCACAGUGAUGUACUUUAUCAUGUCAUAUUGAGCACAAUGUAUAAUUUCAUAUGCCUUACCACAAAAUGCCUAAUAAAUUGUCACUGACUUGUG